AUGGCGGCUCUCUGGACAGCUACCAAUGCCGACUCUGUCCCUCUCACUUCUCGCGAAGCAGCCUCUGGCUUGCUGGGUUCGAUAUCACUCACCUGCUGGAUCUUUCUCCUUGUCCCCCAACUAAUCGAAAAUUACCGCAACGGCAACGCCGAAGCUAUUUCCCUCCUCUUCCUCUUCGUCUGGUUCCUCGGCGACAUCACCAACCUAAUCGGAGGCGCCUGGGCAGGUCUCGUGCCCGUGAUUGUCGCCAUCGCCGUGUACUUCUGCAUCGCGGACGGGGUCCUCAUCGGACAAUGUCUCUACUAUAAGGCGCGGAACUCGCGACAGCCGCGCCCCCGCCGCCGCACUUCCUCUUCCGUGUUCGAGCCAAGCACGCCCGAUCCGACGACACCGCUCCUGGGCCGGCGGUUCACUGAUGCGUAUGCGCAGACAGGCGAAACUCUAGACAACCCUAGGAACUCGACGCGCCGCGCGGAAAGCAGCAGUGAUGACAUGCUGGCUAAGAUUGUCGAGGAGAAUGAUGUGGGGCGCAAGGCGUGGGUGAAGAAUUUUAGCAGUGUGCUGGGCAUCUGCGUUAUUGGAAUGGCAGGGUGGACAGUUGCCUGGCGGACGGGCGUGUGGAAGCCUGCGCCAGUGGAGGAGGGGCUGGGUGGCGUGGAUAUGGCGCCUGGGGCAAUGGUGUUGGGGUAUAUUAGUGCAAUUUGUUAUCUUGGGGCGCGACUUCCACAGAUCUAUAAGAACUACUGCGAUAAGUCGUGUGAGGGACUCUCGCUACUGUUCUUCAUCCUCUCUCUUAUGGGAAACCUCACCUACGGCGCCGGCAUCAUCUGCCACUCCACAGAAAGGAACUAUAUUGUGACCAAUGUCCCAUGGCUGAUUGGCUCGCUCGGCACCAUGGUCGAAGACGUGACCAUCUUCGUGCAGUUCCGACUCUACGCGACACGCGACCAGGACACGGCUGCUGUUUAG